AUGGGCGUUAAAUUCUUUGGGGGUGGAAUCUGGAAAGCAGUUGGGGCGAGUACAGAUAUGGGAGGCUGCAGUUUUUCGUUAUUCCUGGCGUCUCAGAGUUCCUGGAAGAACACGGCUCCAGAACUCUCUGCAGCAGCCCAGUUCCAUGAAGAGUGUGCCCAACAGGAAGAGGAAGAGUGUGGGUGUGUCUGGACACUUGCUGGUCAGGGCAGCACAGUGGGCGGUUAGUUCAGUGAGCUGAGGUAAGAGACCAGAAUAGGGGUGUGUCUGGACACCUGCUGGUCAGGGCAGCACAGUUAUGACCUGUCUGCAGAGGGAGGGGUGAAGUCGAUGCUGGAGGAGUUUGACCAGACAGUUGGACUAGAUUACCUCAGGGCUAUCCACUUCAAUGAUUCUUAAGAUAAGCUGGGUUGUCACCUGGACCGCCUUGAGGACAUUAGACAGGGUCAGACUGGAAUAUCAGCAUUCCAUGACAUUGUGAACGAGCUAACACUGGACAUCCUCCCCCUGAUCCCGGUGACCUCAGGAUGCCUAGGAUUUGAAUAUGCUGAGCAGAUUGAGCUGCUCUAUUCCCUUUGUGAGAAGACCUCCUAG